CAGCAAUGAAUGAUCCAAGAAUGUACUAUGAAGAAGAAAGUCAAAGUGAGAGACUAGCUAGAAAAUCCAAAGAAACACCUUUUUUUCCUAUUGCCAUUGGAAUUUGUUUGGCAGCUAUUGGUUAUGGGGCCUAUGCAUUCAAGAACAGGGGUAAAAUGAGUGUCAGUGUUUACCUGAUGCAUCUUCGAGUAGGUGCCCAAGGAGCUGCAGUAGGUUCUCUAACUCUGGGUCUGAUUUACACUAUGAUAAAUGAACGUCUGUUGAAGAAAAAAUGA